AUGGGUUCAAAACCUUGCUGUUGCAAAAACACAUAAGACCCUAUUUAAGAAAUGAAGCUCAAAAUGGAACCAAUGAACAGUAAUCAUGAAAUAUUAGUGGCUGAUCUCAAAAAACCAAUUCCUUUAGAACAAAUUCUGCCUCUCCAAGAGGAAGAUGACUUUGCAUUAUUUUUAGUGAUGGAUCAAUAUGACCGUCUAAUCAUAAAAAGCAGAGCAAAGGCUAAAUCCUACUCUCCAGCUGGCGAUAUUUAAACUAAUUCAAGAGAAAAUUUUACUUCUUAUUACAUGAAGAGAAAAAACCAUUAUAAACCCUCUAAAAAGACAAGGUCAUUAACUACAAAGCUAUCUACGUCCUUUUAAAGUAUAGGAAUUCGAAGUAUUUUGAAAAAAAAAGACCUUACAAAUAAUAAAUCAUCAUAUUUUCAAUAAAUAUCGGAUGUUUAAAAAUCAAUAAAAAGUGUACAUUUUGAUGUGGUUCAGAGUCCUAAAAAUAGUAUCAAUAGACAAACAGAUGUUUUGAAAAAAAAAAAAAUGUUCCUGAAGUCAUAUAUAUGA